CGGGUGCUUCCAGCUUCUGCCUGCGCUGGCAGCCUAGCAGCCACAGCUAAUCUGAUCCGAAGGCCAGAUCUCCACAGGGUGGCAGACAUGUCGAUGCUGGCGGAGCGUCGGCGGAAGCAGAAAUGGGCUGUGGAUCCAAGAAACACUGCAUGGAGUAAUGAUGAUUCCAAGUUUGGCCAGAGGAUGCUAGAGAAGAUGGGGUGGUCUAAAGGAAAGGGCUUGGGGGCUCAGGAGCAAGGAGCCAUAGACCAUAUUAAAGUUCAAGUUAAAAAUAACCACCUGGGACUUGGGGCUACGAACAAUAAUGAAGAUAACUGGAUUGCUCAUCAGGAUGAUUUUAACCAGCUUCUGGCUGAGCUGAACACUUGCCAUGGGCCAGAGACAGCAGACUCCCCAGACAACAAGGAAAAGAAAACAUUUAGCCUUGAGGAAAAGUCCAAAUUCUCCAAAAACCGGGUUCAUUAUAUGAAAUUCACAAAAGGGAAAGAUCUGUCAUCUCGGAGCAAAACGGACCUCGACUGCAUUUUUGGGAAAAGGCAGAGCAAGAAGACCGCUAAGGAGGAUUGCGGCCCGGCUGCUGCAGAUGGAAACGAGCCCUCCACCACCACAACCAGCUCCUUCACCAUCCAGGAGUAUUUUGCUAAGCGGAUGGCUCAGCUAAAGAACAAACCACAGGCCCAAGCUCCAGGGCCUGGCCUUUCAGAGCCCCCAGUAGAAGGAAAAAGGGAAAAGAAAAACACAAAAGAAGCAACAGGUAAAGAUGUGGAGAAUCUCCCCAAACCCAAGGCCAAGCAGCCUAAAAAGAAAAAGCGUGAGGAAGAGGAGAGCCAGGAACCUGUGGCCAAGAGGAAAGACCAAGCUGAGAAGCAGCCCGGAGAGUCCUAUGGGGACAAGUGUCCCAGUGCUUCUCCCGAGACUGCAGGAGACUAUAUGCAGCCCUGUGAUGACCAGGAUGGUGCCCAAAAGCCCAAAAAGAAGAAAGCAAAGAAAAAGCAGCAAAAGUUGGUAGAGGUAGCAGUAGAUGCUGUGCUAGAUGAAGCACCCGGGAAAAAGAAGAAGAAGAAAGCUUCCAGGUGAAUUCUCACCAGGCAGAGCCUUCCGACCACUCUGCUGUCAGGUGCUGCCAGGCAAACUCUCUGGCCUGAAGUCAGAGCAGAGGGAGCCCCACGCAGACGGGGCACAUCUUUUAACAUGCCCGUGAACUGCUGAGUCUCGCCCGCUCACCACAUCU